ACAUGCCUUCGGUUUCCCGCGUUUAAAGCUUUUUCCCGCGGAAAGUCUCGAAGUACGGCACUUAUAGCGCGGCACAUAGGUACUUAGAACGUGUUUUAUUAAGGAAGUAUAUGUAAUUAAUUAGAACAUUUAAUUUGUAAAUUGAAAUAACAUUAAUGAAUGUGUAAUUUUAUUCAAACUUUGGGAAAAUUGUUCAGUGACUUUUUGGCUUUUCCAAAAAAUUGUAGGUUAAAAAGCAAUAGGAAACAGAUAUUAGACACAUUAUUUCUACAGAAAGAAUCAAAUUUUUGUGUACGAAAAUUGUGUAUGUUAAUUUAUUAAUUGUGUAAUUUAAUUAAUAAAAAAAUGACAGGUGUUCAAAUGACAAUUCCAUUCAAAAUAACAAAGAAAUGUUCAUUUUAUGGAACUAAAAAUAAUGUAAUGAAAGAAGAUUUUAGUAAUGCAACUGCGAGAGAUUCUUCUCAUAAAUAUACACCAUCUGUGAAGAAGAUUAUUACUUUAAGUAGUAGUGAAUCAGACUCAGACUCAGAUGUAGAAAAUACCAAAGUCAGUGAUAAUGCUAUAAGUGUAAAAACUCCUCAACGUAUGCAGAAUUCAACUGAAUCUGAUGAAGAUCAUGGUUCUACACCUCCAAAACAGAGAAGGAUAGAUAAAUCAUUUCCAUUAACAUCUCCAACCACACCUUCUACUCUUUUUGAUAAAUUAAAUUUGGAAUCUUCUCCAACUAAGGAGGAAAAACUGGCUCCUAAAAGAUUAUUUGGAACAGAAAGAUAUCGCAAUGCUCGCAAAGCUUUGCACAGCUCAGUACCUGAUACCUUACCUGGUAGAGAAAAUGAAUUACAAGAGCUACAAGAAUUUAUGGAAGAGCAUUUAAAAAAUGAAACAUCAGGAUCCUUAUAUGUAUCAGGACCACCUGGAACUGGAAAAACUGCAUGUCUUUCAAAGCUUAUAUUAAAGACUGAGUUCAAAUCAAAAUUUAAAGUAAUCUAUGUUAAUUGCACAACUAUGAAAUCUGCUGCUACAAUUUAUGAAAAAAUUAUACAGAAGUUAGGAUUACCACCCAUUUUAGCUGAACGAAAAUCUGGAAAAUACAGUAAAGGAGUUAUUGAAAAAUAUUUAGGCUCUAAUCAUAAAAUGUUGCUAUUGAUUCUAGAUGAAAUAGAUCAAUUAGAAAGUAAAAAGCAAUCUGUUUUAUAUUCUAUCUUUGAAUGGCCAUCAAUACACAAUUCGAAACUGAUUUUAGUUGGAAUUGCUAAUGCUUUAGAUUUAACAGAUAGGAUAUUGCCCAGAUUACAAGCUAGAUGUGAAUUGAAACCAAAGUUGAUGCAUUUUUCGCCAUAUACAAAACAAGAAAUAUGUAAUAUAAUAUCUGAAAGAUUAAGUGAAGCAAAUGUGUCUGACUUGUUUACUAAAACUGCAAUACAAAUGUUAUCUGGGAAAGUUGCUGCCAUUUCUGGUGAUAUUAGAAGAGCAUUGGAUAUCAGUAGAAGAGUAAUAGAACUUGCUGAAUCUCAUAAAUUAGCACAAGUUUUACAACCUACCAAUAAUAAUGAAAUAAAUAUACCUAAAAAGCAACAAUCUGCAGUGGACCAGCCAGUGGAUCUAAAAGAAGUCAUCACUGUAUUAAAUGGUAUUUAUGGUGGAUCUCAAAAUAUUGAAAAGGAGGAAAGUACAUUUCCAUUACAACAAAAAUUACUAUUGUGUUCUUUGUUACUUAUCCUAAACAAAGGACGAAACAAAGAUGUGACAGUUGGGAAAUUACAUGAAGUGUACAAAAAGGUUUGCAAGAAACGAAAUAUUCAUGCUGUCGAUGGUUCUGAAUUUUAUAGUCUAUGUUCAUUGAUAGAAACCAGAGGUAUUUUAAAGUUAACAAGAAAAAAAGCAGCUCGUUUGACAAAAAUAAAUUUGGAAUGGGAUCAAGAAGAGUUAGAUGCAGCUUUGCAAGACAGGAAUAUGAUGGCAGAAAUCAUUAACGAUAUAACUUGUUUAUAGAUGUUAUUUAAAGAAAUUUUCAUAAUUUAUUAAAUUUCAUAUCAUUUUGUAAAUAUUAAAAAGUAUAUAGCAUCUUUUUAAUAAUUUGAGAGAACCACUUUAGAAUAAGCUGUAUAAAUUAUUUCAUGUUUUAUAUUAUUUUUUUAUAUCACAAUGAACGCAUUUAAUGUUUCAUAUAUUGUAUACAAGUUGAUGUGAAAGGAGAAAUUUAUGUGAUUUUUAGUGUGUACCGUAGCGGUCUUUUUAAAUUUUUGAAACCAAGCAAUACAUAUUUUUGUUUCAAAUUUUAUUUCUUGAGCAUUUUGUUAUAUU